UGUAAGAAAAGCCCUCGAAAAAAGGAUGUGAAGUUUGAAAGUUACUCAAAGUAGUUUAGACUGACAAGGAAAACAAGAACAGCGACAAAUUGCAGUGUCAAUUUGGGUGGACUUGAGCAGCUGUAAGAUAUGUGAGCAGCAUACAUAAAGGUAUAGUUGAGAGAACAAAAGACAGCUAUGUCAAAACGCAAAGGUGAGGAGCUUGCUGGACCAAGUCGAAAAAAGACUACCAGUCAAGCAGGAACCAGUAGCAGAGUUACGGAAGAAGAGGAUGAAGAUGAGAUGAACCUUACACAGAGGGCAGAUUUCGACAUUAACUCGAAAGAAGCUGACAUUGGGAUUAUUGAGAAAAUCUGUCUUAAGAAUUUCAUGUGCCACAGUCGUCUAGAUGUGUCCUUAGGACCACAUGUCAACUUUAUUGUGGGAAGAAAUGGAAGUGGUAAGAGUGCCAUUAUAACAGCCUUGGUGGUGGGGCUGGGGGGUAAGGCUUCAGUCACCAGCCGAGGGAGCACGAUUAAAGGCUUCAUCAAGUCGGGCAAAUACAAUGCAGAAGUAGAAAUCCACCUAAGAAAUAGAGGGCCAGAUGCAUUCAAAGCAUCCACAUACGGGGACAAAAUCAUUGUGGAGAGAAAGUUCACCCACGAUGGAUCGUCAUCUUACAAACUGAAGUCUAAAGAAGGUAAGGUUGUAUCUACAAAGAGGGAAGAGUUAAACGCCAUCCUAGAUCAGUUCAACAUCCAAGUAGACAACCCGGUGGCCAUUCUUAACCAGGACACGAGUCGGAACUUUCUGAAUUCCAAGUCACCUCAUGACAGAUACAAGUUCUUCUUAAAAGCCACACAGCUUGAACAGAUGCUAUUGGACUAUACUCGAGCCAAUGAACAAAGGGAGAUCACCAAGGAAAUCAUUGAAAAAAAGCAACAGACUCUGCCUACUUUGGAGAAAGAAGUUUUGGAUUGGGAGCAGAAAUUCAAGUCUUUAACAGCCCUUGAUGAACUGAAAGGAAAAAUGGAAAAACGCAAGCAAGAACUGGCCUGGGCAUUUGUUAUCUCCAGGGAAAGGGAUUUACAGCAAAUGCAGAAAUGUCUACAGCAGGAAGAAUCCAGGAUCCCAAAGUUUAAACAGAAAGUAGAAGAAGCAAAGGCCAAAGUUGAGACAUGUAUUCAGAAACACAAUGAGUUGAAGGAGCUUCUGCGGACCACAAAUGAGGAGGUCAAACUUCUCCGCCCACAGUUUGACGCUGCCAAGGAAACGCUGAAAGAAGCCAAGGCAGACCUCCGAAAUCGGCAAAAUGAAUUUCGUAAGAAAGAAUCUGAAUUGCGUAAACUGGCUAAAGAACGAGAUGACAUCAAUGCUCGCAUUCAGGAACUACAUAAAAGUGCCCAGCAUGAUUACGAGGCUGAGAGAAGAGCUCGAGAGGAGAAGAUAGGAAAUCUCCAGGAGCAGGCUAAUGCCUUGAAAGCCCAACAAACCACAACGGAGCAUGACCUAGAAAACUUCCGGGCUGCGGUCACCAAACACAAGGGGGAGGAGAGGCAGAUGCAGAUGGAUGUAAACAGUAUGAAGUCCCAUGAAGACAAGAGAAAGAAACAGCUAAACGACCUCCUUAGUGCCAAGAACGACCGGCUGGCGCGCUUCGGUCCCUACAUGCCGACGCUUCUACAGCAUAUCGAGGAGAGGUACCGGCGGGGGGAGUUCCACCAGAAACCCAGGGGUCCCCUAGGAGCUUGCUUUAAGCUGAAAGAACCUAAGUGGGCGAUGGGUGUGGAGCGAUGCCUGGGGGCGCUUCUGCAAUCGUUCUGUUGCCAUGACCACCACGAUGAGAAAGUUCUGGAGAGUGUAUUUGACCGCGUGUGUAACGAUAGACAGAGGCCGUCCAUCAUAGUCUCCAGGUUCAAGGGUUCUGUGUACGACAUCUCUAGAUUGAGAGCUCACAGUGAGCGGUUUCCGGCCGUGUUUGACAUGAUUGAUUGCAAUGACCCGGUUGUCAUGAACACCUUGAUUGAUCAGAGAGGAAUAGAGAAUAUUCUGUUGAUUGAAGACAAGAAAGAAGCCCGAACUGUCAUGGAUCCAGACGUUCAGGCCCAGCCCAGGAACUGUCACGAGGCGUUCACCAUUGAGGGGGACCAGGUUCACAGCGUACCCUCCCUCAGGUACUAUUCCAACAACAAUACCCACGCCCGCUUCCUGACCUCCAACACCGAGCAGGACAUCCACCGCCUCCAGGGGGAGCUAACCCAGCUCAGACAGGAAAUCCAGAAAAAGGAGCAGGUCAAGGUCACGGUCCGGGACAACCUGCGUCAGAAUCAGAACGAGGAGAAGAAGUGUGAGACGCAGCUGAUGAAGAUCGGGCAGCGCCUCAACAAACUGAACAAUGAAAUCUAUGAGCUAAAGAGUGUAGAGGACCCUGCCCCUAUAGAUGUCACCACCUUGGAAGAGGAGGUCAGUAACUUGGAGACACAGAUCACCGAGAUGAGCGCGGUCAGGGACGAGCUCCACACACAGUACCAGGAGGCGCUCUCACAGUUCCAGGCCGAGGAGCAGAAGUUCAAAGAGGUUGAAAGUAAAAUGAGAGAGAAAGCAGAAGUCGGAGAGCCACUCAAGGAUGAGUUUGGGCUAGCCCAGGUGGACAUAGAACAGGCAAAAUCUCACCGGAAACACUACGAGCAGAAGCUGAGUGAACAAGAGGCCAAGAUUAAAGAGGAGCAAAGGAAGGUCGAGGAGGAGUCUAAAAUCCUGGAGAGCGAUGUAAAAAAAGCCCAACAGAUCUGUGCUGAAAGAAUGAACACGCGGAGGUCCAUUCAGAAUCUGGAGUCCGAAAUCACACAGAUUAGUAAACAGAUAAAGGCGGAGGAAAAGAGUCGUGGUAAUGCGGAGGAGAUCACUAGAACGUUCCAUGAGAAACGAGACAUGUACAGAAAGAUUGUCACCGAGGUCAAACAAUGUAGAAGUUUUAUACAGGCGUUGUUAGAGGCAUUGGAUAAACGAAAAACAAAUUCUCGGAAAAUGCGAAGCUUCAUUUCUCUUCGUGUUAAGCUUAAUUUCAUUGAGCAAGUCGCCAUCACUAAACCGACGUGGAAUUCCAAAAUGGAUAUAUCUCACAAAAAAGAGACCAUCUCGAUCCUAGUCCAACCCACGAGUUCGGAGGGGGAGGGGGCCAAGGACAUGCGGUCACUGUCCGGUGGCGAGAGAUCUUUCUCCACUGUCUGCUUCAUCCUUGCCUUGUGGGAUGCCAUGGAAUCCCCGUUUAGAUGUUUGGACGAGUUUGACGUUUUCAUGGACAUGGUCAACAGGAGGAUCUCUAUGGACAUGAUGAUGGUAGUUGCCAGAAACCAGAAACACAAGCAGUUUAUUUUCCUCACUCCACAAAACAUGAGUAAGUUGGGGAUCGAGAUCAAGAGCAGUAAAAUAUUUUGGAUGCCUGAUCCAGACAGAGGACAGGGAGUGCUGCCGUUUGAACCAAUCCAUAAAGAAGACGAAGAGACGCAGGAAUAAUCUGUAACAACGGCAAGGAAAACAUGAAAGAUUAUUCUGAAAUGAAGUGAAAGACACAGACAAUUGAUGGGCAACAAAAUAAGAGAUUACUUCGUAUCCAUUAUUGAGAUGUAAAAAGAGGACUUUUCCGUUACAAAGAGUGAAAAAAGUUGUGUCCAUAAGGAAGAGGAUUAAAUGAAGGUUGAAGACACAGAGAAAUAUCUGAUAGAAAUUGUGUCAAUGAAGAUGACUGAUUUCAAGUAUUUCCUGUAUAUACAAAAUGUGACACAAUAAUAUUGGAUGAGGUAAUAGACUCACAAAACCAACGGCCAACAAUGUUAAUGUGAUGACAAAGGGAGAAUACUCAGUGUCUGGGUUAGAACUAGUUAAGUAAAAAAGGUGAUACAAGAUUUAUCUAGUCCAUUGUCACAGAUGUGUUCAUUAUUGGGUUAAAUGAUUGUGAGAAUGCAAGUGUUUUGUGAUUUUAUUUUAUCACCAGAAAUGUUUAGUGCAUACUUCGGCUUUAAUUCAAUUCAAAAGAAAAGUUAUUGUAUGGUAUAAAAGGUUUUGAGCAGAAGAAUUGAUGGUAUUUAUUUUUACUUAAUCGUGUCUGUCUUAUACAAAUGUAUUUUAAAAUUUCAGGCUGUCAAAGAAUUCAUUAGAUUUUAAUGGCAACAAAGUGUUCAUUAGAUACAUAUAAGAAGGUAUGGAAAUACUUUUCAAAAUUUUUUAUCGGAGGAAACUAUCUGAUGUAUUCAAAUCUUAUGUCCAGUGUAGGGAAUGUGUUCUCUUAUUUAAAGUUGAUUGUUGAAAAUAUUGCUUUCGAGGCUUCUAUACGUAAAAAAGUUUGUACACUGUACAGCUUUUGAUUUAUGGAAAAAGAUUAUAAAUAAUGUCAUUAUGUUUUAAGAUAGAUAAAUUUGUUUCUUUUCCAACUUUUUGACUCAAAAAUAGGAUAACAAAGUGCACUGUUUAACAGAGCUGGAUUUAAGUACAUUCUCAUUUACCGUUUUAAAAUACGAUAUUGUAUUAUGCUGUAGACUAGUGCUUCAGUUUUGAUUUAAGCAGAUUACUGUAUGCUGUUUUGUCUGAUGACACUUUAGUAAAUGAAUCACGUUUUGU